AAUGGCGACGCCACUUAAAUUUGGUAAAAGUUUCCUGAGAGUAGUAGAAGUGGCUAAAGUGGCCCCCCAAGGAAAUGGAGUACCGGCAACUAAAGCAUUUUUGGGUGCUAGUCAAUUCAGAAGAUACACGUCAACCCAUGUUAAUGUCCAAAAACAUGGAAGUGUAGCCAUUUUGGAGCUAAACAGGGGACCAGUCAACAGCUUCAGCCUGGAAUUUUUAGAAGAGAUAAACACCAACUUGGAAAGCCUUGAAAAUGACCAGGACUGUCAAGGACUUAUAGUUACUUCAGGUGUUCCAAAAGUGUUUUCUGCAGGGCUGGACCUAGUGAAGGAAAUUUACCAGCCUUCAGAUAAAAAGCGUCUUGCUUCUUUCUGGAGUAAUUUUCAGGAGAUGUGGCUUCGCUUGUAUGGAUCACGGCUAGCUACCAUGGCAGCUAUUAAUGGUCAUGCCAUGGCAGGAGGCUGUGUUUUGGGAUUGUCCUGUGAUUAUCGUGUCAUGGCUGAGGGAUUCAGAAUUGGAAUGGUGGAAAUUGAAGCCGGUGUCCCACCACCAUCAUGGGUAGUUGGUACCAUGAGGAAUGUGGUUGGCCAAAGCUGUACUGAGAAAGCGAUCCUUAGUAACAAGAGGUACACGUCCGAGGAAGCUUUAGCAGUUGGAAUGGUUGACAAAACUGUACCUAAGGAUAAAGUCAUGGAGGAGACAAUGGUAGAAAUGGAAAAAUGGGUCGCAUUUUCUGGGAAAGCUAGAGAGUUAACGAAAAGAACUCUGCGAAAAGAGUACGUGGAGGCGCUGGAGAAUAACAGAGCUGAGGACAUCAAGAACUUUUGUGACUGUAUACUUGAUGAAGAUGUUCAAAAAGCCAUUGGGAAACAAAUCGAGAAAAUCUCCAAAAAGAAAUAGAUACAAUAGCCUAAAACAACGAGAGACGAAGAGACUGAUGUUGAAUUUCAGGCCUGACCUUUUUUUGUGUCUAUUAUAAAUCAUGUAAGACAACACCGCGUGCACUUGUAAUUCAAAUACAGUAUUUUUCUCCUCCUACGGGUGAAAUCAAAGUGGUCACAAUGAGUAAAUCAUGUACGUGGUUAGGUGAAGCAUGCUCCCUGGGAAUCUAGAUCUAUACCACACCGCACUUCAGAACUGACGUCCGGGAAAAAAAAAA